AAACUAGCGGAGAUGAGGUUUAAAGCAGCCAAAAAAGAAAAAAAAAAAGCUGAAUUGGUGCAUGUGUCUUUUUUGAUGCGUUUCUCAAACUUUUUUUCUCUCUUGUACUUACAUUUCUCGUUAUAACAGCACCAUAUACUUGAUACCUUGAUGUAUAUUCUUAAAAAUUAGUAUAUAGUAUGUCAGCAUCUGUAUUUAUACCAUUUUCAACUUCAAAUAUCUCAAAUAAUGCAACAUCUGAGGAUAGUAUCAAGAGCUUUAUUAGGCCGCCACUGCCUACGCUCAUAUCAGAAAAUUACCCUCCUGCACCUUCCAUUAUACCUUCAACCUUCACCUCCAUAAAUUCAGCUACAAUGGGAAUAAAUGACACUCCUUCAAUGCAUGUAUCAGUAGAAAAUAUAAAAGAUGGCAACGAUGGUACUAUUUACAUUAUACGAAACAACUCAACAAGUGAUGUUUUAUACCAUUUCAAAAGACCGCCGCUGAUAGAUACGAAGGAAGCGAGCAAAAAUAAUAAUAUACAGGAUGAAUUUGACAUACUCCUGGAUAAAGAUAAGCGACCACUGUGGAAAUUCAAAGGGCAAAAUUUGCAUGGCAUCAUAUUGGCAUCAUCAACCAUUGAUUCACACAAUAAUGAACUAAUACAAUUAACGACUACACCGCCUUACUUCAAGUUUACAAUACAAGAUAGUGUAUAUUUCUGGCAAAUACAGCAACAAAAUGGUUCUUCGGUAGCCUAUACCUUGAAGUGUUUUGAAAGUACAAAUGCCAAAUUCAUGUUAGCCGAGCUUAAUUCCAACAAUACCAAUAUCAUUUCUCUAUAUACCGAAAACUUUUGUAAAAUCACCAACCCAUUUACCUUAACAGCUACAACGUCCGAACUUUCAUCAUUAAUCAUUUUAUCAUGUAUUUUAUUACGGAAUCAUAUCCAACACUUACUAUUGUCAUUAGGAAGCGAUACAGAAGCACUUCAAUUUAUAUUGAAUCCAUAUCAUCACCAACAGUACAUGUUAGACGCAGAGGGAGAAGCAGAAGACGGAGACGAUAACGACGACGAUGACUAUUAUAUUGAUGACUAUACUAAAUAUUAUCCAGGACAUCAAAGCUUGGUACUUGAAGCAAGCCAAGUCAGGCAGAAAAAUAAUCUAAACAAUAGCAAUACAAGUCACCGUGUUUCAACCACGGAUAAUUCAUUCAAGAGCCUUGAAUUAGAUCCUGGGUGCUGGCAUUGUUGGUGGGGCUACAAAUUUUGGUGGUCUUGGUUUCCUUAUUGCAUGCCCGGAGGCUAUUGUGAUCGAUAUUUCAUAAAAUUAAGAGGCCACCGAUCUUCAUCUCGGAUUAUCAAUAAAACGCAAGGUUAUAAGCAACAGUAUUAUUAAGACUAUAUUAGAUUCAUAUAUGUAACAUAGCAUUGUAAUAAAGAAGGAUUCCUCG